UGGGGGGGGGGAGGGGGUCAGCACGCUGUGUCGCUCGCCGCGGACGGGAGCCUGAAUGGACGUCAGAUGCAGGGAUGCUGCGUGCUGCUGCGCUGCAUCUGCGUGCGGCCUGCACGCCGCUGCAGCUGCGGCUCGGCCAGCUUGCGCUGUCUCGCGGCUGCGGGUGCACGGCAGCGCAGAUGGCGCAGCGCUGCAUGGGCAGCCUGCAUGCAGACGACGCGGCCCCCGAGCCGAUGGCCCCGGCGGGUGCAUCGACGUCGUCUGUGUCGCCUCGCUGCCACGCAGACGCGGAAGCACGACACGUGCCUCUUGGCGACGCAGAUGAUGGAGGGCUUGGCUCGCAGCGUGGACGCUCACGUCGCUGCCUGCCCCACGGGACCUCGCACGUUGACGCCUUCUCUCCCCCCCCCCCUCUCCGCUUUUCACCCUUCAUCUUCUAGCACGCCUCGACCGCUCCUUCAUCCUCGAGCAGCUGCCCGCAUCGGCCGACGUGUGGAACUGGACGGCCGUCGACGUCGCUGCCGGCACCGCCGUGCUGCUGCACGUGGCCGAGCUGUCGGGCGCGAACCUGACGCUCGCGGCGACGCUGGCGCACUACGUCGUGCAGCUGCCGGCCGACGGGCGCAACGACACGUCGUGCCUGCGCACGGCACGCAGCGCCGGCGGCGGCGCCACGCGGCAGCGCAAGACGGAGGUGACGCUCAUCGGCGGCAUCCUCGGCGGCAUCCUCGCGCUGCUGCUGCUCCUCAUCCUCGGCAUGUGCUGGCGUCGCCGGCGCGAGGCGCGCCUGCAUCCGCCGCAGCCGCACGACGCCAGCGCCGCCCUCGUCGCCAACGGCGCGCCGCCCGGCGGCGCCGGCGCCGCCGGCUGGGGCUACAUGUCGGCCGUCGUGCCGGGUCUCGAGGCCUCGGCGGCACAGACGCCGCCGCGACGCGUACGCGGCUGGCGCACGCGCCGGCACGAGGAGCCGCACGAGAUGGAGCUGCCGAGCUACGGGCGCAGCCAGUGGGAGAAGAGCCGCCUGCCGCAGUACCCGGCUGAGCCGCAGUCGCCGGCGCACUUUGCCGGCGAGAGCACGACGGACCUGCUGCCGGCGCUGCCGCGCCAGCCCGGCGCGCCGCCGCACGGCGCGAGCGCGUACGGCGUCUUUGACCGCACCUCGUCGCCGCCGCCGCUCGACGGCGCCGCCGACGCCGCC